GCUGCUGCUGCUGCUGCUGCUGACGCGACUGCCACAACUGCCAACACGCUGGCGUUGUCGCGGCCUGUGAUGAUCCAGAGGUCCGUCUCCCAGCCAACCGAACGCGAGAAGAACAGCAUGGCCACUUCGACCCGCAAGGUGACGUUGUUCGAGCGGUGCACCACCACGACCAUGGAGAGCUUGCAGAGCAGCUCAAGCAACGAGGACAGCGUUGACGACCACCGCCCUGCGAAAGCAGCGGGCGCCUGCCCUGGCAACAACAGGAGUGGCGGUGCGCGAAAAGAAGACAAUGGAGACAGGGAAGCGACAUGCGGCAGCGACAGCUCUUCUUGCAGCGGCUCGUCGUCGUCAGGAGAUUCUAGUGACGACCGGAGCGUGUGCGGACCUCUUCGACAAACGAGCGGUGACAGCAACGACGAGGACGAGGCGAUGAUGUUGGCUCUGGCCAAGAGCCUCGGGGAUGAGUCGAAGGAGAAGAUCAAGUCGAAGAAGAGCAAGUCGAAGAGCAAGUUUGCGAGCAAGUCCGACAAGCUCGACCUCGCGGGUCUCCUGAACGUUCUCGAUGGGGUAGUCGACACCCCCGGAAGGAUCGUCAUCAUGACCACCAACCACCCGGAAACUCUGGAUGCCGCUCUCAUCCGGCCCGGCCGCAUCGACAAGAAGAUCUACCUCGGCUACAUGAAGUACCCGGCCGCGCUGGAAAUGACUCUCCACUACUUCCAGGUGGACAAGUUGGAGCCCGAGCAGGACAGGCGUCUCCGCGAGAUCUUCAAGGACUACCCGGAGCCGGCGAAAACGCGGGGGAGUUCCCGUUGUGGCGGCGGCAGCGGCAGAGUUGCCGGCGGCGGGGACGGGGGGCGGUUCACUCCCGCCAUGGUGGAGCAGGAGGCGAGCGAGCACGAGAGCAUCGAUGGCUUCAUCGCGGCUCUCGAGGCUCGCGUGUCGACGAAGCGUCGCUUCUGAUCUCGUAGCGUGUAUACGCUCCGUAUCGGUGACGCUCAUUGUGUUCCGUCUCACUGAUGGUUAACUCUGUUUUUCUCUCGGACGCCAUAUUCAUCCGAAGAUAAGAGAGUUACACCUUUUGUCUGGUUGUAUGGGUCUGGCGCAAGGAGGUACCACUGUCUCAACAUGUGGAUGGGAUUGUAGUGAAUGAGAUAUAGAUGCCUCGACGGUGGCGAUCCGCUCAGGUAACAAACACCACGUAGGAGAAAGGGAUGUAACGAAACGUCCAGCUACUUCUGUGUGUACCCGGGAGAUUUCGACCUUGAUUCGAUUCUGUCCAUUUUGUACAUUCUUCCCCGCUAGGUGGAGAGGGAAGCGGGCGGCCAUGUGAAAGCAGAGUCGGGUGUUACAACCGGCAAGGAGACUGUGUUUCACUUUGGUUUUUGUGUAGUGAAAACUGUUAAUUGUUUUUGUUUGCUGUCGUUGUUGUUCUGUGAAUGCUUUUAUUUACCCGGCUAGGUCCUGGGAUUGCCGCUUGCUUGUCACGUUGGAAGUUCGAAACGACGAACCUGAAUUUUCAUAUCAAAGCACAACCUUUCACCUUGAUAUCACUGUAGUCAACAAAUAAAUGUCAUCGCAUUGCACAACGCAAGGGCGUCAAUUUUUUCGGGUCGCUCCUCAGUUCGUCUUUCUAGGCUUUAUUUAGCGAGCAAUGUUGGUCCAUUUCGUUUUCAUGUUCGAGUGCCGUGCCGAGUUAGUUCCUGUUGUCGUGCUUUAGCAAUAGUUGGUUGAUGCGUUGCCGUAUUCUAUACCUGGUUUUUGGAGAUCCUUCGACAAUUCUGUGUACGUGGAGAAGAGAGCCUUUUAUGGGCUCGGGCGGCUGACGGGAGUCAUUUCCGCUUGUCGUCCAGUACAAUUAUUGUGCGUAUUCGCUCCUGGAGCUACACGCGUCGCCGUCUUUCUCAUUGCUCGACAGCGCUUUGAGGCGAAGACGAUUUGAGCACACAUAAACUGGCGCAGAGCCUCUUGAUUUGUUCCUAUUCUACCACCUGUCUCCAGCAUUUAGUGUAGCAGAUAAGCUUUGUAUUCCCUCAUAUUCGGGUUACGUACGUCUUCAUCAGUACAGAAAUAGCAAGCAAGCGAAUCUGAGAGAUCGAUGUUAGAUAGGGCAGGCAAGCACAGGCUCACGAGUCAAGGACCCUGAGAUUCGAAUGUUUCCAAAAUGUCCGAGAAGUCGUCGAAUCGGGAAGCGGCAGAAAGAUAAACAUCACGCAUGGUCGCACAUGGCCGCACGCUCGUCGUGUAUGCUACUGGGUGCGGAAGUCGACGAAACUUGGCGAGGGGUCGUGAUUUGUGAUGCCCUCUCGAGGCAUCCUCGAGAUGUCACGAGACGUGCGGCAUAGAUCGAGAUCGUCUUUCGAGAACCAGUCGGGUAAGGAUUGGGAUAUCGCAAUAACAUGGGAACACGCACGCACGCACGCACUGCGAAAAAAGUCGUAGACUAGGAAGCUCUUGUACAGCUUCAGAAUGGCCAGGAAAUACUCGCAAACGGGGCAACGGCUCAUCGCUAAAUUUGUUUCAAUGCAG